AUGCCAAACCCGGCAAGUGACAUGCCAACGUCCGGCACUCCAGCCCAGGCCAAGACAUCGGCCGAACUCCCUGCGCCACCUACUUCAACCAACACCUCCCCACGAUUCUCAGCCGAUGAGGUCACCGUUAUCUUUGUGCUUGGAGGUCCGGGAAGCGGGAAGGGAACGCAAUCAGCCAAGCUUGUCAAGGACUAUGGCUUCUCCCAUCUUUCCGCGGGUGAUCUUCUCAGAGCCGAGCAGGACCGUGAAGGAAGCCAGUAUGGUGAUUUGAUUCGACACAACAUUCGCGAGGGGAUUAUCGUGCCCAUGGAAAUCACCGUCACCCUCCUCUCCAACGCAAUGGCCGACAUUCUCGAGAAACAGAAAAACGAAAACAGGGCAGAGCCUACGUCACGGUUCCUUAUCGACGGAUUCCCCCGCAAGAUGGAUCAAGCUAUAUACUUUGAGGAAACAGUCUGUCUAUCUGCAGGGACGCUGUUUCUAUCCUGCCCUGAAGACGUCAUGUUAGGCCGUCUGCUAAAGCGCGGAGAGACCAGCGGCCGCGACGACGAUAACAUCGAGUCAAUCAAGAAGCGGUUCCGUGUAUUCGAAGAGACCAGCAUGCCGGUUGUGAAUUAUUAUGAGAAGAUGGGUAAGGUCAUGAGCGUUUCUGCAGUUGGCACGGAGCAAGAGGUCACUUCUCGAAUUCACCAAGAGCUGGAGGGCCGUGGCAUCGUUCACUGCACAGAUCUAUCGGCAGGCGUUGAGCCUCCUUAUGAAUCGUUCUGGAUAGAUUGA